AUGGAGUUGUCUGCAGAAAUUCUCCAGUUGCCAGUUAAAGCUUCUGGUCAGCACAACAUGACACCUGAAGAAUUAUGCUGCAAUGACGACUAUGCUACUAGCGCGAUCGUAGAUCCCAUCCUUGGUUUUAAAACUCAUAAAAUGAACUUGAAGGAACAUUUUCAAUUUCGAUCUAUAAUGAGAAAAUAUAUGGAAAAUCAAAAUCGUUCUUCUGCCAUAUCUGGUUUGCUUCAUGUUCGAUGCAUCAGGACAUAUCUUUCAACUCUCUCUUUACAGCAACAAAUCAGUUUUAGGGACCAUUUACUGCGUUUCCUUGAAAUUUUUACUACCGACGCGGGGUUUACAAUAAAGCGAUGCAAUCGCUAUAAGGCUGAAAAUCGGCUUGGCGCAAUGCUUAUUGCCACUCGAGACUGGAGGAAGGAUGAAAUUAUCGAUAGUUUAGUAGGCGUUAUUGGUGAAUUGGAUGGAAAUCAGGAGAAGCAGAUUUUAAAGAAAGACGUUAACGAUUUUUCUGUCAUGUACAGUACAAGAAAACAAAGGGCUCAGCUAUGGUUGGGUCCCGGCGCAUACAUUAAUCAUGACUGCCGUCCAAAUUGUAAGUUUGUGCCAAAUGGACCCACUGCAGUUGUUAAGGUUUUGCGGGAAAUUGCAGCUAAUGAGGAGAUUACAUGCUAUUACGGUGACAAUUUUUUUGGUGACAACAAUGAACGUUGUGAGUGUUGUACUUGUGAGCGGUAA